AUGGCAGAUACGGAGACGGCAGAAGCUCCCGGCGAGCCCCAGAGCCGCCAUGUGGUCUACUGCGGUGUCUGCACACUCCCGCCCGAGUACUGCGAAUACGGCGGCACGGUCAAGAAGUGCCAGGAGUGGCUGCAGCGGGCGCAGCCGGCGCUGUACCAGGUGAUCUGGUCGGCCGAGGCGCUGGAGGCGGCGACGGCGUCGCUGAGCGUCGAGGCGCAGAAGCGGGCGGCCAAGGACGCGCAGAAGAAGGCGGCGCAGGCCGAGAAGGCCGAGCAGAAGCAGGCGGACCGCAUGGCCAACUCGGUCGUCACCAUCAAGCGCGUCGAGCGCAACAAGCGCAAGUUCGUCACGGCCGUCAGCGGGCUCGAGGCCUUCGGUCUCGACCUCAAGAAGGUCGCCAAGGAGUUCGGCAAGAAGUUCGCCACCGGCUCCUCCGUCACCAAGGUCCCCAGCGGCGGCGAGGAGAUCGUCGUCCAGGGCGACGUCAGCGACGAGAUCGAGGAGUUCCUGCUGGAGAAGUAUAAGGACAUUCCCGAGGACAACAUCGAGCUGGUGGACGACAAGAAAUUGAAGAAGGCAGCAGCAGCUGCUGCUGCCUAG